UGAGCGGAGGACGACGAGGUGGGGAAUGAAGAUGAAUGUCGACCUCCAAACCGUUCUCUCCCACAGACCGCUGUGAACGGAGAGGAGUUCUGACUGGGGGAUGGACGGACACUUUUUCUCCGAUCAGGAUCACCUGCUCCGGUUUGUCAAGAGGCUCAAGGAGGUUUUUGACGUGUGCGACAAGGAUGCUGACGGCUACGUCUGCGUGGAGCACCUGGUCGAUCUCGGGCUCCAGUUCGGUCAAGGAGACGAGGUGAAGAAGUUGUCCACGUACCUGGAUCCUAACGGUCAUGGGAAGAUCAGCUAAGACUUUUGUCAUGGAGUAAUUGCUGUCAAAGGUUGUGAUGAAAUUCUGAAGAUGGCUCUGGUUCCUCGCACCCUCACCUCCAACCAGCCAACUGUCACUGACAAUGGAUACAUUUACCAGAACGGUGAGGCCAAGCUCAUCCCUCCUGUUAUCAUGUGCACACGAUCGUGCCCAGAAUGUAACACUGAGGAUUGUGGUGCCAAGGGGGAGAGUGACAUGGACAGCAGUGCUGGAAACACCAACAACUCAACAAAACAACACAGCCACCUGAUUGGUUCAGCAGCUGCCUCUGUCAUCUCGGGAGAGGAGCAAUUUGAGGACUAUGGAGAGGGGCUGGAUGUGGAUUUCACUCCUAGCAGCCCUUGCCCUGAAGAUGAUACUCGAACAAAUGGCUUCUCAGAUCUGGGAUCCUCGCUUCCCUCCAGUGGGGGACAGACACCUCAGAAGAUGCGGCAGCUGUACAACAGUGAACUGUUGGACAUCUACUGUUCUCAAUGCUGCAAGAAAGUUAACCUGCUCAAUGACCUAGAGGCUCGACUGCGAAACCUGAAAGCCAACAGCCCCAACAAAAAGAUUUCCAGCACGGCGUUUGGACGUCAGCUCUUCCAGGCCAACCACAGUGUGUUAGGCUCAAGUCAAGGCAGCAGCACUGAGGAUCUGUUUGCAGACAGCAUGGACUCCUGUGACCUUGACAUCACAGAGAAAGUCAGUUAUCUGGAAAAAAAGGUGACAGAGUUGGAAAGUGACAGUUUGGCCAAUGGUGACCUGAAGUCCAAACUCAAACAUGCAAACACACAGCUUGUGCACAGGGUUCACGAGCUGGAAGAACAGGUGAAGGAUGCAGAAACAAAGGCAGAUCAGAGUCUGGAAGAGGAGUCGAAGAGACACAGAGAGGCUUACAGUAAGAUGGAAAGAGACAGAAACACAGAGAUAGAUCUGCUGUGCAACAGGGUGCAGCAGCUGCAGGAUGAGAAUGAUGAAAUGAAAUUAAAUGUAUGCAGACUGAAAUCUCAGACAGAGAAACUGAAUCAGGAGAAGCAGAGGAUGACAGACAAGCUGGAGGACACCAGUCUGAGGCUCAACGAUGAGAUGGACCUGUACAGGAAAAUAAUGGACAAACUCUGGCAAAAUCGCCACGAAUUUCAAAAAGAAAAGGAAGCAAUGCAAGAGCUGAUUGAUGAUCUUCGUCGAGAGUUGGACUAUCUUCAGUUGUUUAAGCUGGAGAUGGAGCAUCCAGGAAAGGGCAGGGGGCUGUCAGAAUACAAUGCCAAGACCAGAGAGAUCGAACUGGACCAUGAAGUCAAGAGACUGAAACAGGAGAAUUACAAGCUUCGAGAUCAGAACGAUGACCUGAAUGCUCAGAUUCUCAGUCUGAGUUUGUAUGAGGCCAAGAAUUUGUUUUCCUGUCAUACCAAGGCCCAGUGCUUGGCAGCUGAGAUUGACAACGCCUCCAGAGACGAGCUGGUGGAUGCUUUGAAGGAGCAGGAGGAGAUCAACCUCCGUCUGAAGCAGUACAUGGACAAAAUCAUUUUGGCCAUUCUUGACCAUAACCCUUCCAUCUUGGAGAUAAAGAGUUAAAAACACUCACAUGCACAUUUAAUACUCUGUUAUUUGAUGGUGAAGCCACACCUGUUUAACAUAAUCACAAAUAUGCUGCAUCAUGUCGUCACUUUUAUUUUGAAGAGCCAGUAGAGGAAUGUUUUUCCCCACAGUACCCA